AUGGCUCCAGCUCCCAGCUUCCGUGGACACCUGUGGACUUACAACCCUGUCCAGGGGUCCUGCCUGCUCCUGCUGCUGGUCAUGUCAAAUCUGCUCCUGUGCCAAGGCAACUCAUGCCUGUCCUGCUUUCCUGACGUGUUUGACAUCCCCCUGGAAUCCCUUACAGACCUGUUUCUCAAUGCCACCAUGCUGUCCCAUGACAUUUCUGGCCUUUCCUGGAUAAUGUUCACUGAGUUUGAUGAACAGUAUGCCCAGGGUAAACUGUACUAUAUCAAUGCCUCCAACAACUGCCACACCAAUUCCCUCCAUACCCCUGAAGAUAAAGAACACAUCCAAUGCAUGCACACCUCAGAAAGAAACCACUUCCCCAAAGCAACCAUUCCUGACUCUGACACAGCUCAGGGCUCCCUGUUAUGUGGACAUAUGGCAUUCUGUGCUUUUCCCUCUUGA